AUGGCAAAGGGUCUGCAGGGCUGCUGCUGGACCAUGCUGCUGCUGCUCUGUGCCAUCCAGGAGCUGGGGGCCUGGGCCGUGCACACUGCGGCAGAGGGUCCUGACCUGGGGCAGCCAGGGGAUCCCACACUGCUGGCCAGCGGGCGAGUGAAGCGUGGCUGGGUCUGGAACCAAUUCUUUGUGGUGGAGGAGUACACGGGCACAGAGCCACUGUACGUGGGGAAGAUCCAUUCGGACUCGGAUGAGGGGGACGGCUCCAUCAAGUACACCAUCUCCGGGGAGGGCGCGGGGACCAUCUUCCUCAUCGACGAGAUCACAGGUGACAUCCACGCCACCGAACGCCUGGACCGGGAGCAGAAAACGUUCUACACACUGCGGGCUCAGGCCCGGGACAGGCAGACUGACCAGCUGCUGGAACCCGAGUCUGAGUUCAUCAUCAAAGUGCAGGACAUCAACGACAGCGAGCCACGCUUCCUGGAGGGGCCCUACAUCGGCAGCGUGGCUGAGCUGUCCCCCAUUGGCACCUCUGUGAUGCAGGUGAUGGCCUCCGAUGCCGACGACCCCACAUACGGGAGCAGCGCCCGCAUCGUCUACAGCGUGCUGGAGGGCGAGCAGCACUUCACCGUGGACAGCAAAACAGGUGUGAUCCGGACAGCUGUGGCUGACCUGGACCGUGAGACACAGGACCGGUACGAGGUGGUGAUCCGUGCCACGGACAUGGCGGGACAGCUGGGCGGGCUGUCCGGCUCCACCACCGUCACCAUCGUGGUCACUGAUGUCAAUGACAACCCACCACGCUUCCCACAGAAGAUGUAUCAGUUCAGCAUCGUAGAAACUGCCCCUGUAGGCACUGCCAUUGGGAGAGUCAAGGCAGAGGACUCUGAUGUCGGGGAGAACACCGACAUGACCUAUCAGAUGAAGGAUGAGGAAGGGGUGGAGAUGUUCAAAGUCACCACAGACAGCAAUACCCAGGAGGCUGUCAUCACCGUCCAGAAGCCUCUGGACUACGAGUCAAAAAAAGUGCACACCGUGGUGGUGGAGGCCCUGAACAAGUUUGUGGACCCACGGUUUGUAGACCUGGGCACCUUUCGGGACCAGACCAUCGUGCGGGUGUCUGUGCUGGACGUCGAUGAGCCCCCUGAGUUCUGGCCCCCUUCCAACACAAUGGAGGUCCAGGAGGAUGCUCACGUUGGCUCUAUCGUGGGGGUGGUCACCGCCCUCGAUCCGGACACAGCGAACCAUCCUGUGCGGUACGCCAUUGACCGCAGCACGGACACAGAGAGGAUCUUUGACAUUGAUGCCAACACGGGUGCCAUUGUGACAGGAAAGGUCCUGGACCGGGAGACGGCGGGGUGGCACAACAUCACCAUCCUGGCAAUGGAAGCAGAUAAUCAUUCGCAGGUGUCGAGAGCCUCUCUGCGCAUCCGCAUCCUGGAUGUGAAUGACAACCCUCCCGAGCUCGCCACCCCCUAUGAGGCUGCGGUGUGUGAGGACGCCAAGCCAGGCCAGCUGAUCCAGACAAUCAGCGUUGUGGACCGUGAUGAGCCUCAAGGUGGUCAUCGUUUCUACUUCACACUGGCACCUGAAGCCACCAACAACCACCACUUUUCUCUGCUGGAUGUUAAGGACAACACAGCUGCGGUGCACACGCAGAGAGUGGGCUUCAAUCGCCAGGAGCAGGACGUCUACCUGCUGCCCAUUUUGGUGGUGGACAGCGGCCCCCCGGCCCUCAGCAGCACAGGAACGCUGACCAUCCGGGUCUGUGGCUGUGACAGCACCGGGGCCAUCCAGUCCUGCAACAGCACUGCCUACGCCAUGUCAGCCACGCUGAGCCCCGGCGCCCUCAUCGCACUGCUGGUGUGCAUCCUCAUCCUGGUCGUGCUGGUGCUUCUGAUCCUCACGCUGAAGCGACACCACAAGAGCCACCUGACAUCCGAGGACGACGAGGACAUGAGGGACAAUGUCAUUAAAUACAACGACGAAGGAGGGGGCGAGCAGGACACGGAGGCUUACGACAUGUCCGCCCUGCGCAGCCUCUACGACUUCAGUGAGAUCAAAGGCGGGGACGGGGGCGGGGGGCCGGGAGAGGGAGGAAACCCGGCCUCUGAGCGCCAUGCCCUCCCGCAGUGGGUGCAGAGCCCGGACCUGGACUUCUCCGUGUUCAGAGACUACAUCUGCAGGAAGGUGGAGCAGGCGGACGAGGACCUCUCCGUGCCGCCCUAUGACUCGUUCCAGACCUACGCCUUCGAGGGCUCCGACUCUCCGGUUCCCUCGCUUAGCUCCAUCAACACGUGGUCCAGCGGCUCGGAGCAGGACUUCUCCUACCUGGGGGGCUGGGGGCCGCGGUUCCGGCAGUUGGCAGCGCUCUACGCGGGGCGCCGGGGCGAGGAGGACAGCGAGGAGUCCUAA